GCGAGCGGUUCAUCAGUACCAGCCUUUCCCCGGUGGAUAUCGAUGUUUGGAAUGCCACCGUGAAGCCCUUGACCUCGAACCCAACAUCGCCCGCAGGCCUUCCGGCGAGAGCGACUUCGUCAGAUUCGCCAUCUCAGGCGCCGCUUCCCAAUCCCUCACCCCGUCUGAUUCCCGACAACAGCAGGUUGGCAGAGUCGAAGACACAUCAUCGACAAACCAGUAUUGUUCAUGGCAUACAACAUUCUAGGAAUGGGAGCUUCGCCAGUUCCUCCAGCCCGUUGAGUCCCCAGAUGAUCGCAGCCGCUGGCGGAGAGAGGCCUGAUGUAUCCAAUAUGGGUGACCCAUCGUUUGCGUCUGGCUUGGCCAGUAUGAGCAGCGGCGCUUCCUUCAGUUCGAAUGCAACACUGGUCCCCGAACGAGUAUCUUCGGCCACGGACAGUCAUGCUUCGUCACAAAAGAGGGUGGAGCGGGUGCUUAGCAGUAGGAGCCGGAGAGAACAUGGGCACCAUCACUCCCACUCGAGACAUCACCAUAAGGAAGAGCUGAAGACGGUUGGGGAAUAUGCCCUACAUGUAUUAUUCACAUCGUUCAUCGCGCAAGCCGAAGAGAAGAUAUCACAAUGUAUCACUGUGCCUCUGGAUCCCGAACCGCAGAUAGAACAGAUAUGUGGACCUGGUGUAGACCCUACCUUCGAUCAGUUGAUAUCCGCGCUUGGCCAUAUCGCAAGCCAGAAGCCCAAACCCCUAAUGGACUCGAUGAUGUUAUGGCGCAAGAACAAGAGUGAUGCUGCCAGUGAAGCCCGUAUCCAACUCCAACAGUCGCGAGGCCAUGUCGUGCCUGGCCAAGUCCCCCGCAGAAACACAGAGCCACUACAUGUGCAUUCGAAUCUCGCAGAUGCAACGGCGAUGCAUCCAUUGCCCUCUAUUGCCGCACGCCAGGAGUUCGUUGCCCAAGCCGAACGUCGUUCCACGGUCUCGAUAUAUAUCCUGUGCCGAGUUCUGAUGGAGGUCAUUGGCCAGAGUACCCUGUCAUGUAUCACACCCGAGAUGGAGGAGAAGCUUGAGGGUAUUAUUUUUGGGCAGUUGAAGAUCGCUGAUAUAGAUCAACUCAAUAGCUCGCCCUUAAAGAUGGCGAAUUGGUUAUUGUUCAGCCAAUUACUUGGGGUCAUGAGUGAGAUCAAUUUCGAGAGCGUGACGGACCGCUUUAUUGCUGAUCUGGAGAAGUCGCAAAAGAGCUUGGUGGUCAAGAGCCCCGCGAAUCGUGAAACCGAGGGGAGAAUGGAGCUCGUUUUGGGGGGGAUGAAGCACUUGCAAAUUAAGAUAUACCCGGAGGAGGCAUGGGAUCAAUCCUGCGAUUUUAUGAUUUCUCUCAGCCGCUUCUUUGCCCGAUCCCAUGGCCAUCGUCUCAAAUAUGCCUACUGCCAGGCUCUCGAGAUCCUGCUCCUCCCGGUUGCUGCAAAGGCAAACACCGAACUGAACAUGCCGAAAUGGGGAGAGGUGCUUGCAACUAUUGGUCCUCGUCUUGCGUCUAUGUAUGCCAAACCCCGUCACUGGUCUGUAGCCUUCCCAUUAACUGCGACUCUCCUUUGCGUCUCCCCAGUGGAGACAUUCUCGAGUCAAUGGCUACAGCUUGUGCUUCCCCUCCAGCCGAAAUUCAAAGAUCGCUUCGCUCGUCCAAUAUGCCUGCAAGUUAUCUCCCGGUUACUCUGGACAUAUCUUUAUCGUGCCCCUGAUACGCUCAAUGUCACCAUAAAGAAGCUGGAAGACGUCCUCAAGCUCGUCUUUCCUGCAGGAAGAAGAACAUAUAUCUCUACAGAUCCGGCCAUCGCAGAUCCGCUUCUACAAAUAAUUCGGAUCAUUGGGUUUAAGCAUCAAGAUUUUUGUUUUCGGACAAUAGUCUUCCCUCUAAUAAAUGCCGAUUUAUUUGCGUCUGGAAGAGAGCUGAAAGUGGAGCAGCUGGAGCCGGAGAAGAUGGUCAUCGGCAUCAGGGCCUUCCUUGCUAUAAUGAGCGACCUCGAAAAGGGGGAGCAAGGUCGACCUCCGUUCCCACAGCAUUAUCAACCUUUGCCAUCCUAUGACAGAACACCCGCCUCGCCCAUAAUGACGGCUCCGCGGAGCCCCGUGAUACCUCCAACCGUAACCCCAACUCGCGAAGAUCGUCUGUCUCGGCCUGUACUCACGAAUGCUCUUGGCGAUGUCGCAAAAGAGUACUAUACGCGCUUCUGUGAGAUUUUAGGAAAGAUCACGAUCAUCUGCGAUAACACCUUUGGAGGCCAAGCUGUUUUGGAUGAGAAAUUCAAUAGCCCGGCGCCUAAAACCCCUAUCGCGGAGACGUUCAACUUUGCCCGCCGAGAUGACCACCAAAGCCCAUCUGAACAGAAACAGGGAUUUUAUGAACUUCUGCACGUUGCGGUCCAAGCUCUGCCUCGCUGCCUCUCUCCCGAUAUUCCUUUCAAUUCGCUGGUCAAUCUCCUGUGCACUGGUACGGCUCAUGUGCAGUACAACAUCGCUGAGUCGUCUGCACAGUCUUUGAAAUCUAUUGCGAGACAAUCACAUGCUCAGCAGGUCACAAUUGGAUUCGCGCGAUUUAUUUUCAACUUCGAUGAUAGAUAUUCGACCAUGUCAGACGGUGGCAUGCUCGGAUCAGGCCAUAUCGAAAGCACGCUGACCCUGUAUGUUGAGCUUUUGCAAAUUUGGAUCGAGGAAAUCAAGCAGAAGACGAAAGAGGCUGCCGCUGAUACCUCGGAGGACGCCAACAUGGAUAAGCGUGGGAUGCAGUUGGAUCUUUCCGGAAUAUGGGCUCAUGUCGACGAAGUUGAAUCUCAUGGCUUCUUCUUCCUGUGUUCUCAGUCACGGAGGGUCCGGUCAUUCGCUGUGACGGUUUUGCGCCUCAUCACCGAGUUCGACACCGCACUAGGCAAAGAGAACAGUCGACUGAUCCAUAUUCUCGAAGGUGAUUCUAAGCGAGUGAUGGAUUUCAAUGACGAGCAGCUGUCUGUUGCAGAGCGCAGCAGAUUACAGAUAGGGAUGAGUAAGAGCAACUCUCAGAGCGCUCUUAUCGAACUCUGCAGCAGCGAGGUUUCCUACGACACAACGUUGUGGUUCAAGAUAUUUCCAAACCUCAUAAAGAUCAGCUACGAUCGUUGCCCAUUUGCCGUUACCCUUGGGCGCGAGUUAAUAUGCAACCGGAUUCUCCAAAUGUACCGGGGCAUUCUUGCCUUGUCGGAAGCCCCGAGAGGUCCGCAGUCCAGUCCAUUCGACCGUUUUGAAACAGGCGGCGGUCGGGUGCUCUCGAGAUGCUCAACUACUCCACCCGAGGUGUUAGUUGAGCAAUGGAAAUUGUAUCUCAUUGUUGCUUGUACAACCUUAAGUGACAAGGGUGGACAACAAAGCGCGCCACAAGUAGGCCAGCAUCUGCGGAGAGGGUCAAAGCCCAUUCAAACACAGGAAAAAAUUACCUCUGCUCGGUCACUUUUCAAGUAUAUCAUACCUCUACUAUCGGUUGGGUCAGCCUCCAUACGGGAAGCCGUUGUCCUUGCCUUGGGGUCAGUUAAUAUUAAUAUCUAUAAGACCUUGUUGGAAGAAUUACAGGGAGCCGUGAGCCGAUGCAACGAUGAUGCAAGGGCGCGUAUUCACCAGCGCACUGCAAGUGGUCCCAGGAGGAAUAGGAGGAUGGACCUGUUGCGAACCGAGAUCACGCACGUCUACCGCCUCACAUCGCACUUCCUAAAGGAACCAGACAUAUAUCAAGAUGAUUGGAUCUUGAACAAUCUUGUUAUGUAUACGAAAGAUCUAAAGCUAUUUCUAAUGGACGAUGAAGUACAGAUGGACUGGGAGUUCCAGAAGCUUCGUCGGCAUUACUGUGGUUUGAUGGAAGAAUUGUUUGAAGGUAUCAAUCGGACGAAAGAUCCAUCUCGCUGGAUGACAUUCGAGUCUAGAAAAUCAUCUUUCGCUCUGAUGGAGGAUUGGUGUGGAUAUUCUCCCAAUCAAAACCAGAUCCGUCAAAGGGAGGAUAGUAUGAGACAGUCGAUGAUCGAUCAGCAAUCACUGAGAGAGAGAGGGACUGUGACCGCUGCAAUGGAAAUCGAGAAGAGGAAUCUCCGGACCGCAGCACUGAGUGCUAUGGCUGCAUUAUGCGGAGGACCAGUUUCUAUAACCAUUGAAAGCAGGGCCAAUUUACAGUUCGAUAUUCGGAGAAUGCUCUCGUGGAUCGACACUAUUUUUAAUACUGGAAGCGACCGGAUGCACGUCAUUGGUAGACGAGCGCUGAAGAAUCUGAUCGUCCACAACAAAGAUUUUACCUAUCUGAUGGAGCAUUCAAUUUCAAGAUGCUAUGUGGCGGAAGCAUCGAAGGUCCUCGAGAGCUACUUCGAGGUUGUGACCCAGGUCCUGCUCGAACACCCUGAUUACCCGAUGCCAUUCUGGAAGUUAUUAGGGAUCGGGUUAUAUAUGCUUGGAAGCGAGCAGAGUGGAAUUCGGUCUAAGUCGGCACAUCUCCUACGGGCACUUGAGGAGAGGCAGCAGCGGAGCUCGAAGAUUCAAGAUUACGACAUAAGCAUUUCCGAUAAGACCAAAGCAGUUUACAAGCUUGCACAGUUCGAGAUUUCAAAACGCCUGUCGAAGCAACAUUCAGAGCUUGCAUUCCUUAUUUUCUCGGAAUUUACCGCCUACUUCAAAGACUUACAGCCGGGUUCGCAACGGAACAUGGUUGCUGUUAUACUGCCAUGGAUCCAGAUUAUAGAGCUGCAGGUCGACCCCAACGGUGGACCAACAGCCCAAUCAUACGUGCUUCUUGCGAAUCUAUUUGAGAUCACGAUCAAAUCAAGCAGUACGUUGCACAACGAGGUUCAGGCCUUGUGGCAAGCACUCGCAACAGGACCCCAUGCCGGAAACGUUCAGUUAGUCCUUGACUUCAUCAUGUCCCUCUGCCUCGACAGGCGCGAGCAGAAUUUCGUUGAAUAUGCGAAGCAGAUAGUAGUUUUCCUCUCAAGUACCCCGGCUGGUGUGAAGGUCGUCGAAUUUCUGUUGAUGCAGAUAACACCGAAAACGAUGAUACCGAACGAGAAGCGUGAGCUUAUCCCCCCGCCUCCGGACGCAAUAAAAAUGCCUUAUGUUGCAGAAUUAUCCGAGGCUCUACCCGUUGGAGCCAAACAGGCCGGAUUAUCUCUUGGGCAGUUAUCCCUGAUUCUGUUGGUUGACUUGAUGGUUUCUCCCGUCCAGCUUGAGCCUGAGAAGGUGCCAUUACUUCUCCAGGUAGUUACAGUAUUGUGGGAUCAUUAUAUUCCGCUGGUCCAAGAGCAAGCUAGGGAAAUGUUCAUUCAUCUCAUACACGAGUUGGUGAUAUCAAAGAUUGAUGAUGAACAGACGGUCCCCACAAAGAAAUCCAUCGAAGAUUUCAUCGAAUCUAUCCGUCGCCACGAUACAAAGGUCAUCUGGGCAUACGAAGACAACAACGGAAAGGUUGGUGACCACGACAACAAAGUCCCUGCUGGGAUGGAACUUCUCACCACUGAAGCCGUCAAGAAUUUCGAAGUUACCUAUCCCGGGAUCCAGGAGCAAUGGGCUAAGUUGUCUUUGACUUGGGCCACUUCUUGCCCUGUUCGCCAUCUCGCAUGUCGAUCUUUUCAAAUCUUUCGGUGUAUACUCACGUCCUUGGACCAAUCUAUGCUUGCGGAUAUGCUAGCAAGACUAUCAAACACAAUUGCGGAUGAGGACUCGGAUGUUCAAACAUUCUCGAUGGAGAUUUUGACCACUCUCAAAACCCUGAUUUCCAAGCUAGACCCGGCGGAUCUGGUCAGCUUCCCACAACUAUUUUGGACCACUUGUGCGUGUUUGGACACGAUCAACGAACGCGAGUUCCUAGAGGCAUUGGGCAUGCUGGAGGAGUUGUUGAUGAAACUCGACUUACAUGACUCUACUGUGCGUAUGCUCCUCGCGGAAGGACGACCCCCGAGAUGGGAAGGUCUUUUUGAAGGCCUUCAGCGGCUGGUUUAUAAAGGACUUAGAUCAUCAGUAUGUCUUGACUUGACGCUCACGACACUCAACAAGCUUGUACUGCUCCCAAGUGAUGACCUCAUCGGCGACGAUAGCCGUUUACUCUUCGCGGUUCUGGCCAAUUUCCCGAGGUUUCUACACGCAAUGGAUCAAGAAUCCAUUGACGAGGACAGUGCUGCAACUGCAAGCAUAUUAGCAGAAGUAGCCGACGCCCAAGGCUGCAGGACUAUUUCGAGGGCUCUGAGUGGCUUUGCAGCGUCGCGAUACCGUGCUAGCAAAGACUUCCUCAAUCAACUAGUGUCAGCCAUCCGCGAGUCCUUUUUCCCUCAAUGGGAGUAUGGCAGCCUGACAUUCCUCAUGGGGCUUCUAACCAAUAGCAUUCCGUGGUUUAAGCUGAAGACGAUGCGUAUACUUUGUGUUGUGAUCCCCGACAUCGAUAUGCGCAAGCCGGAGAUUGCAUCUCACGGACCGGAUUUGAUUUCGCCACUUUUGAGAUUACUACAGACAGAAUUCUGUAUGCAGGCUUUGGAGGUACUGGAUCAAAUCAUGACGAUGACCGGUACUUCUAUGGACAAGCACCACUUGCGUAUGAGCAUGACCAAAUCGUCCUCCAAAGCAAUUCGGAAGGAAUACGAGCGAACACAAAGCUUAUUUGGCAUUCCGGAAGAGUCGGGGUGGUCAAUACCUAUGCCAGCCAAGCAUGCAGAAACCACGAGAACCAACGUUCAUGCCGUCUUCUACGUGUGCCAGAGCGCAGAGAACAUGGAUGCCGAGACCCCACCUACAACCGAGGUCGAGUUCCAUGUCGAUGACUUCCAAUAUGGGUAUUUCCCCGCGACGGAGAGAACAGAGACUAUGAUGUCCGACGAGGGACGUGGUGAUGGCCUCAUUGGCGACCUGGUGAUGAAGCUUGACAGUCUGGACGAUUUCUUUGAAGACAAUCAAAGUCCGACCAGCGAUGGUCGAUCGUCGAGGACUAUUACGGAAGCAGGCUUUUCCGGUGAGGGAUUGGAGUCGGGGGCACAGCUAUAUGAUGAACAGACACUACCCAUUCUCCACCAGUCGCUGGCUCAGGCAUCAAGCACCUCGUCCUUUCAGAACGGGUUCGCGGACAUGCGGCCGCCAACACACGUGAGUCGGGACUCCAGCUCCAACGCAAUGAAUCCCGGCGCCUUCAAUCUAGCUGUCUCAGCCCGGCCCAGCAUGCAUUCCCGUUCCGUGACCUCGCCCUCGGCACCCGCUUCCUUCCAAGGCAAUGUCACGAUGUACAUGUCGGAUGAGGAUUACAUAGAGGAAGUCUUCUCGGACGGCGAUGAGGAACGCGCUCCGACGGGAGAGGGCUCCUUCUUCUUGGAAAACAUGAUCAAGCCCAUAGCGCAAGGCACGAGGUCCGGAGUGCGAAGACUGACUGGCGGAAGAUCGCGAGAUAACGAGAGGCUGAGGGAGAAUCUGCGGGCGGAUCGCAGAGGGUUAUCGCAGACGCCCAAAUCACCCAAGGUGCCCAGGGUCCCAAGCGCGUAUUUACAGAAGCCCCCGAUGCCAGGGGGUGAAGGAGUGUAAGAUAGAUACUGUUGGAACAUUGAUCAGUUGCUGUCAUUUUUUCCCUGGGAGGAAUAAAUGUUCGAUUUAUCCAUAUGCGGGCAGAUAUCUGGGUGGCGUUUACAGAGAUCGUGGUUUGUACCAUAAAGGCAUU